AAAAGUAUUUAUUAUUGUUGUAUCUAUAAUGUAUCCUGCAUUAAAUUACUUACUUAUUGUAAAUCAGUUUCAUAAUGCCUUCGAUACUUGUUGGAUAUAUGAUAUUCAAGAUGGACAGUUGGUUGAGUCAGUCUGUCAACAAAUCUAUUGUCAUUGGAAAGAAAGAGUUCGUUGAUUUCCUGCAGUUUGUUAAGAAGUUAAAUAACAAUGGAAACCAUUCUACUAACCAAUGCUCUUCCACAAUCAAAGUUGAGGAUGUUAAGUCUAUUGACCAUGAUAUUAAUGACAACCCUAACUGGCAACAAAAUGAUUCCCAGAAUUUGCCUGCAAUAUCAGAGUUAGAGUGCCUAAAUGAUGCAAAAUCAUCUGACCUGAAUACAUUGGGAAAAAGAAGCUAUGCAAAUAAUCAGAAUAAUUUUUGUGACUGCACAAUCAUGAUUAAACAGGAAUCAAAUGAUGGCUUUGAAGCCAAGGAUGAGGUAGAGUAGAGUCUGACAAAGAUAAUCCCUACAUGAAAAUUAUUGAUAGUACUGAGAAAGAGGAUGAAGUAAUAGAAGUAAUUCAUGUUGAGGAUUCAUUGCUGCCACCCAGAAAAGCAAUAAAUACUAAGGAUAAGAGCCUGAGUAUUUCUUCUGACUCCACAAGAAUAUGCAGGAAUGAGCAAGUCCUGAGGCGUAAUCCUCCAAGACGAGCAAGACCUACUUUUUCCUCCACUGAUGCUGAUCUUGGUGAUCAUGAUAUCGGUGGAAAUAAUGACAUUAACAAACAUAGAUUAAAGCCUUCACUGAAUGACGCUGAUGACGAUAACCUGGGCAGUGGCAGUAGCUUUAAUAAAAAGUUGGAGAUAGAAAAAGAAAAGUGGAGGCAAGAAGAACGUGAAAAGCGCAAGAUAGAGAACAGAAUUAGUAAAAACAAGAAAAAGCAAGCAAAAUUUAGAAAGCAGAAUCAGGAUAGAAAAGAUCCAGGAGAAGAACAAGGGGAUAAUGACAAGCACCAUUGUUUUGCCCAGGGUUGCAGGCGCAAAUUUGGAACAAAUUCUGCUCUAGAUAAUCAUAUUCUUGGUCGCCACCUUAAACAAUGGCAGAACAAAUGUAUUGGUUGUUAUAUGGAUUUCAGCUGCAUGAAUAGUAGAGGGCGAUACCGGCACCGCUGUUUAUGCAUUAAAUCCAAAUAUCCCUAUAUUGAUAUGCUGAGAAAAAUAAUUUAAUCGUCCAAUUUAUUACGUCCUAACUUUCAGCAGUGUGUUUGCACAGUUUUUAAACACAUUUCAUUGAAUUUUAAUUUGUAACUAUAGAACACUUUUAUAUUGAAUUCAAUAUCCACGAAUUUUCGUAGAACGUUUUUUAAGUUCAGACUUUAGGGUUCCUUUAUUCAACAAAUUUUUUUUAUAAGUUCAGACUUUAGGGUUCCUUAAGUCAACAAAUUUAAAAAAAUAAAUUUCAUUGAAUGUUUAUUUUUAACUAUAGAACACUUUUAUAUUGAAUUUAAUAUCCACGAAUUUUCGUUGAACGUUUUAUAAGUUUAGACUUUAGAACACCAUUAUUUUUACAUUUUAUACUAUAACUGCUAUAAUAUAUAGCAGCACUGCUACUACCUGAUACAAAGUAAUCCAAUGGAACACAAUGUUAAUACCGAAAAUGAUAAAAAUGAUAAUGUGUAAGAUGGUUUGUUCUGCAAACGGCAAUUGUUGAUCGCAAUGGAUGUCAAUUUUUUAAGGCACAAAAGGGUUAACAUACAAAUGAGCAACGGAUGGGACAUUACGAGAUCGGUGGUAUUGCUUACUUGUAACAUUUUAAACCAGAAAAAUACUUUGUAUCAGGUUAAAUCAGAUCAUGGGAGAUGUUUCCAAUUUUGUUUGCUUGAUUUUUUACUGUACAAAUAAUUGAUCAUCAGCGGGACAGUAAUUUUACAAUUUCAACAUUUGAACAUUUAAUUAGCAUUAAUAAUUCAAUGUAACUUAUAAUUAUAAUAGUUUUACUUAGUAUUGUAUAACUUUUAUGAUUGAUAAGGCAUCUAAAGUUAGAAUUUAUAAUAGUGAUAUAACACCAAACAUUAAUAACUUGCAGCGAUACUAAAGCUUCACAUUUAAAUUGAAUAGCUGCAUUGAGUGGGUGGUUUUAUAUAAUGACAAGCGACAAAUCAGAGAUUCUCAAGCUUCAAAAAAAGAAUGAAUCGUUGAAUAAGGACUUUUGUAAACUGAGGAGUCUAUACGACCAGUUAUUGUCAGAAGCUCCAAAAGAAAGUAAUGACCCAAGGAGACUGAUGUUAUUAAAAAGUCAAGUUUUCAUGUUGGAACGACAGUGUCACAACAUGACUUUGCAACUGAACCAAAGGCAGGUUUCUUUGCAGCAUGCUAGCACAACUCUGGAAAACAUAACUUCAGAAAUGGAGAAUUGGCUGGUAGAUUCUAGCAACAGUACUGUGAUUAUAAAGAGGACGGAGCUGGAGAAUGUUAUAAAGACAGUUAGAGGAGUAGGAAAAAAGUUCAAUAAACCCAGUGAAAGUUUUGAGAGUGUUUUGGAAAAGCAAGCUAUUGAAAACAAGUUUAGUGAAACAGACUCGUCUACACAGGGCAUAUUCAACUACAACAAAAAACAGAUAAGUAAUCUCGAGCACAAAUUAUCAGAAUUGAUGGUUUCAAUGGAAAAAUUCAAGUGCACUGUAUCAGAAAAACACCAUCACAAAUCAAAAUCAGCUUCUGAAGAAGUUUCAAAUUCUAUGAGGGACUUCACGACAACAAAUCAGGAUUUUGAGCAGAACUAUUCUGAACUUGCUAGUCGGUUGAACGACUGUUGUUAUGACAUAACUUUAUUGUCACUUCUUCAGCCCCAACUAUUGAACAAAAAAAGAAAACUGUCUGAGGAAGUAACUUUGGAAUCCGUUCUUGAGUUUUUAAGGAAACACACCAGGAAAAAGGAAGUUUUCGAAGUUAUUCCUAUAAUGUGGCAAAUAGCGAACCAUCGUGCAAAGCAUUUUAAAAUGAAAAACAUUAUGAUGGAUAACGAACUUCAAAAAUGCCAUCAGAGACUUGAGUUGCACACCAAGUUUGUGUUAGAUAUUCUCAGUGGGUUGACCAAUAUGUUUCUUGAGUUUGAAACCAAUACUUUAGUUCCCCAGUUAUCAGAUCCCCUCUCCAGUGUUAUUGAAGCUUACAAUCUGCUACAAAACGAACAGACGAAUGAGAAUUUUACUGCUUUCUUCAAAAAGUUUGACUCACUUUUACCUAAUCUGGAGAGGAGUGUUAAGUUGCUGAAAAAUACGAUGAAAAUGGAAAAUUCAUCGGAGCUCCAGAAAAUGUUUAGAAAUGAGCUGUUUUGCUUCACCAAAGAUUGCUUAGCUGAAAGAAAAAGAAAUGAAAAUGAUAUUAUUGAUCAAGAGAAAGAAAACAGAGACAGAAAAGAAAAACUUGCUGCAAUUUUGAUUGGAAAAGAUUCUAAAAGUUGAAACUUAUUCAUAACCAUUAGAAGGCAAAUAUUAUGCUUACUUGUUAAAAGUAUUGGCUAUUGGUACCUGUACAGUGUACAUUAUAUCUA